AUGAUGUUGAUGCCAAUGAAGUUGAUCCGAAGUGGUUUGUCCAUUUUAUCUUCCAGAUUUUCUAUUUUCUAUCUAUAUAUAAGAUUAAAUAAUUCUAAUAGUAAGAUUACGACGUUUGAAGACUUCUUUCUAUGAUUUUCUAUUCUGAAACUUCAAAAUAAAAAUUUUCAGCCGCCAAAUUAGGGCUCACUAUGACUGGAUACAACACGACUGACUUUGAUCGAAAAGUGGUUCGAAUAUUUAGCCCCAAAAUAAUGAGUGUGGUUCCGCCAAGCGAAGAGGCGCGGAAGGAUGAGGUAUUUUUUAAAGUUCCAAUAGAAAUUUACAAACAAAGCUAGCAGUGUUGAGCGGAAUUCCGUCUGCCGUCUUCCGUCUUCCGUCUUCCGUGGUUUUUUUGUUCCGUCUUCCGUCUGCCGUCUUCCGGAAAAAAGGUUUUCUUCCGUCUUCCGUCUGCCGUCUUCCGUAAACAAAUUUUUCUUCCGUCUGCCGUCUGCCGUCUUCCGGAUUUUUUCUUCUUACCGUAAAAGAGUAAUAGCUUUUCAGAAGCCAUUUACUAGCCCCGAAGAACGCGAAUUUCCACGGGCAGUGACCCAGAUUCAAAUUUUUUGUUGUUUAGUUAUUUUUUUCAAAAAAAAAUCGGAGAAAAAGGUUCUGCAUUGACGAUUUUUUUGUUCCGCCUUCCGUCUGCCGUCUUCCGGGAAAAAAGUUGUCUUCCGUCUUCCGUCUGCCGUCUUCCGUGAGAAAAAUUUUCUUCCGUCUUCCGUUUUCCGUGUUCCGUAAAAAAAAUUUUCUUCCGUCUGCCGUCUGCCGUCUUCCGGAUUUCAAAAUUCCAUUUCCGCUCAACUCUGAAAGCUAGGUUGUUAUGAAGCUUUUUGGAAAGAUGCAUUUUGUCGUAAGAUCUGGUUCACAAGACAUUAGGAAUAUGAUAUUUUUCAUGGAAAAUCAUAUUUUUUACCCAGAUAGACGUCCUAUCCCCUUCACUUUUCGCCCUUCACGAGGAUGGCGCUGACGUUGAAAAACAAGCAUCAUUGGCCAAUAUUUUGGGAUCUUUGACUGGAAAUAAGGAUUCGGAACAAUUUUUGGAUUUUAUCGUUGAAGCCACUGGUGUCGAUGAGGCCAUGGAAAGAGUGGAGGUUAUUAUUUCCUUUUUCUGCCGAGAAACCCAUUUUUUGCAGAAAAAGCUAGGCGACUCCUCUCCGCUCUUCCAGAAAGGUCCGGAAGGUCAACCGUUAUACUUUACCAAGGAGAAUAUCACUGAAAAGUACCCGAAAGAAGCGAGAAAAAUCGAAAUGUUCGAAGCGCUCGACAAAACUUAUACUCGGGAACAACUGGCCGAAAUGAACAGAACCGGCUACACGAUAAUGCGUUCGGAUCAAAUGGAAUUGGUGUACGGCCGAGGAUCGGUGGUCGAGAACUUGGAAUUUCUGAGAACCGUCCAGAACUUGAGUAGGCCCCAAAUCAACCGAAACAUAAUGGGAACUAUCAAGGACUUGGCCAGGGAGCGAGUGAAGUUCGAGGCGCGCAAAAGUGAUGUUGUACUGUCCCCGAUCACUUUCACCAAUUUUAUUUUUGACCCUGUCGUAAGUCGAAAGGAGGCAAGUCAGUAUCAUUGUCAGAAAAAAUUUCCAGGGAGUGUCGCAGCCAAUCAUCCUGUCCCCAAUCCUGAUCGUCUCUCUAAUCGGUUCCCCAGCCAUCUACGGCGUAGUCAUCCUUUCGCCGUGGGUGAUGGUCCCAGUGAUUCUAUCGCCUCGAAUAUUUGCUCCGGUAGUUUUGAACCCAUUUGUCAUGGUUCCCAUCAUUUUAUCACCUUUGGCUUUCAAUCCUUUUAUUCUUUGCCCUGGAACUUUGAAUCCAUUUAUUCUGUCUCCCCUAUUAUUAUCCCCUUUCAUACUAUCUCCGCAAGUCAUGACCCCAUUGAUUUUGACUCCGUUCUGCCUCGGACCUAUAAUACUAAACCCGCUUGCGCUGAACCCUCUGAUCCUUUCGCCGUUCGUUCUUUCCCCACUAAUAUUAUCGCCUCAAUAUGUUUCGGCUGUUAUAUUAUCGCCCUACGCUUUAUCUCCCUCCUUUAAAUCCGACGGAGCGUUGGUUACGGUUUUUGCGUCGCCCAGUUGGCUUAGUUAAAUCUCGUGAACAUUUUUUUUUUAGAAUAAUAAAGAUUUUAAAUACAAUUUUUGACUAGUUUAUGUUUCAAGCAGUUCACAGACGACCUGAAAAAAUUGAAAUUUCUUCUGCGCGCGCAUUUUCCCUCGAAAAUAACUAAAAGCAACCCAAAGUUGGCCAACAACAGCUGAAAAUCAAGUAAUUUUCCAUUCGCGCUGUUUUCCGCAUCCUGCAAAGCCUAGUCCGCCGGUUCUCGGCCAUCUCUACCAACGCGACGCAAAAGUGUCUAAAAUGAUGGACGAGCAGUUUGGCGACGGACCGUCCACUUCUUCGGCCGAAAAUCCGUCCGAAAUUGUGGAAACCGACGAAAAAACGGGCACAACGACUGUGCAUCAGUACGUGGACGAACAAGGACGCACACUUUACAUCGGUAUCGAUUUUUCUGGUUUUCAAUUGAAACAUUGAGAAAAGUAGUCUUCAAUUUGAAAAGUUAUAGAGAAACCACAAAUAAUCGAUAAAUUCUCCAAUUUCUAUAUGAACGUUAUUUGAAUUCUGAACAUCUCAAAAGUUUAUUGUGUAGCCGCAAAUAUAAUUUAAAAGAAAGACAGGCAGCCGCGAAAUUAGAAGCAUUAAAACUGGGACUGCUAAGAGUAAACGCUACACGUUUAGGCAGUGCUCUCGUGAAAAAAAUACUAUUUUUACAGAAGACCCAUAUUAUUACGAAGAAAAUGGAAGCACAGUGGUCUAUGGACAGCCGUUCGAAGCGCUCUCUCAAGAAAUUUAUCAAGAAGAAAUCGUGGAUGAUAGUUUUGUGAGUCUUACUUUAAUUUUUCACAAAUGCAUAGUUUUCCUGAACCAUUUUCUCAGAAAUAAAAUUGACAUGAAAUGCCAUAAAAUGACAUAAAAUGACAUAACUGACAUAACUGACAUGAAAUGACAUAAAUGACAUAAAAUUAGAAAUCAAAAAAUUGUUUCCAGACGGAACCACACCCGAAACCAGCGCAUCGAACGAAUAAAAGAGCGCUUAUAAAAGAAAACUACUCAACGAGCACAGUUCUGCUCACUUCCGAAAGUUUGGAAGCUCAAAAUGCGACAUUUAUGUCUAAAGCGGGCAAAAGAUCCGAAAAAAUGAAAGCGGUGUCCGAUCCGAAACGAAUAAAUCAGGACGGAUCAAGCUUGAACAAAAAUCUGCCCGGAAUGAAGAACAUGCUCAAAGUUAUUGCCGAAUCACAAUUGAAAAAGGCAGAAAUAUUUCUGAAAGAGAUAAAAAAAGAAGAAAAAGGCGAAGAAAUAGCUGCAGAAGCUGGGGGUAAAAAAAAAACAGAUUUGUAAAAAAAAGAAUGUUUUUACAGAGGAAGUACGCGAAGAAGUGGAAGACGAAGGCGAAUCUUCGGAUGCUCAGACUCCGCCCCCAAUGGAACGUAUCGAAACUUCUUCAGAAGAUUUCCACGAGAAUAAGUUCGACCAGUGGGCUCUUUACAGUCGGAAUCCGAUCGAUUUCAAAGAAGCGUGUGAACUUCUCAUCGGAAUUCAACCUCUAGACACGGAAAAAGUCUGUAAAUCCCUGCCGAAACAAUUCAAACACGAGGGAACAUUCAUUAUUGACAUGACUAAUGUAAAUCCCAGAGAUUUACUCCACGAUUCGAAUGGAGAAUGGGGGUGUCCGAGCGGGAAAACUCGAUUUUAUAAGGAAAACGAGGACGGCAGUUUAGUACGUGCAGACGAUGGAAAAGGACACCUGAAAGAGUGGACGGACGGCUGGAAUUACAAGAUUGUACUGAAGAAAUACGAAAACCAAACGACGAAGAAGGGAGCUGAUGAUGGACGGGGAAUUUUUCAGAAGAAAGUAGGCACUAAUUUUUUUACGUUUUUAUUUCUCCAAAUAUUUCCAGAUUUACACGGGACUGCGAGUAACUCAAAAACUAACCCACGCGAUCGUAACGUACUCCUGGUGCUCGGGAAGAUCGUGGAACUUUGUGCCGCCCGUGAAAAAGAAGACGAAUUGGGAGAAGAAGUCGUACGAGAAAGUGAACAUGACGAGUAUGCCCCAAAUGGUGUCGGCUUUUUACGAAGGAUUCAACAUCUAUUCGCACUGCGUCAUUAAUUUCGACGAAGCCGCCGCCAUCAUGUUGGGAGCCACCAAUGUCGAAAUUAACAAGUGAGGGAUAUUUAAAGCUGGGGCCGCUUAGACUAUAAACUACAUUUGUUGGGCGCUGCUCUCGUGAAUUCUGGAGCUGCUUAGACUAGGAACUACACCUUUUGGGUGCUGCUCUCGUGAAUUUGGACAAUUUAUCUCUUUCAGACUCUGCUCCUCGGUCCCAAUUGGUUACCGUCAAGAUGGCACAUUCGUGAUCGAUCUCAAAAGAAUGGGCCACUGUACUCUGGAGCUUAGACGCGAUGAAAAUGGCCUGUGGUCGAAGCCAUCCGGAUUUUCUCGUUUCUAUAAAUUCGCCGAAAAUGGUGAUGCUGUCCGAGUGGACAGAGCCGGAAAAUUGCCUGCUGGACAGGAAUACGAUGUGAAAGUCAGUUCGAAACGGUACGAAAACACACAGGUCGACAAGAAAUUCGUGAGGAAGAUCUACACGGCAAAAGGCAAAAAUUCAGAGACGUGAGCUUUUUUUGCUUAAAACAGGCUUCCAAAUGGCUUGGGACGGGGUCGUCCCGUCUCGUGGUACCGAAGGAAGCAUUGCAUGGAGUGGGGAUCAUUUAUUUUUCCUGGCUCAUGGUACCCAGUGCAACAUUUCCCUGGACUCGUGGUUUCCUUCGCCCGCGUCCCAAGCCAUUUGGAUACCUGUGGUUAAAAGUUCAUUAAAAAAAAUAUUACGAUUUGCAGAUUUCCCGGAUCCCCCGAAUUCGCUGUAAUUGUGUACUACUGGAAAGGCGAAGCGAUUGAAUUCGGGCCGGUGUACAAACAGAAUAUUGUGCAUACCGAGUCGAAGUCGUUCGCCAGAUUCCAACAAAUGGACGACGAGGAGGAACAGUUUGUGGAGGCCGCACCGGCGUCAAUUAUUCAGGGAGAGGAAGCACGGACACAGUAGGUUUUUUAAAAAUAUUUUUUUAACUAGAAAGUGUCGAAUUUUUGUGUUGUAAAAAAUGAUGAAAAGUUUUCUAUUUUCAGACAAAUUCGACAGCCGCCACUGAAAAGAGCCCGUUACCAGCCGACAGAAAAUGUGAUAGAAAUGAAAAUGUCGGUGAUUCGGAGGGAAAUGGAAAACCAGGAAAGAUUCUCGGCGGUUUUGGAUCGGGCCGAAGCGAUUUUGGGCCGAAUGGAGCAGCGGAUGGGCGUCGUGGAGCAAGUUUACGCGGUAGAACCCGUAGAACACUGGCCAGCCGAACAGAUCAUCGAGGAGGAGGUCAUUCAUGAAAAUUAUUAA